UUGGAUCGUCAAGGAAACCUGCCGAGAUGGCCAUAUCUCAUUUUCGCUUAGUUUAGUUCUCUGUGGGUGGCAAGGGGAGGCCGUUUCAACGACAACUAGAGCUUCGCGUUAUCGAUUAUUCAGCAACAUAUUUAAUGAGGGCGUCGAAUUUCGUUCCAGCACAACUCCCCAGACUUCAAAGACCUUCCGAGUUGUCUUCCAUCCGAUCGUCAUACUCGCAACGAUGCAAAACCCUUUCAAUGUUUGGGGCGUUCCUCCUAGUAGCCGCUGUUCAUUUGAUAUACCACCUUCGAUAUAUGGCGCGCUACCCUAUACCGACGCUCCUGCAGUGCCCGGCAUCACCACAUUUCACUUCGCUUGUCUCAACCCCUCAAUUAUCAAUUCCGUAAUCCUUGGGCCCGACAACUGCCCUAAGUUCCACGUCGUAACUGAGCCCUCUAUGCCUGGAUAUACCAUUCUGAAAGCCAUCGACGGAGGAAACAUCGGGAUGAUCCAAUGGAAGUCCGACGAUAGUCAGGUCGAGAUUCGAGGCGUUAUGCGCAAACGAGCCGUCCGAGAUUUUCUCUACCUUUCCGAUGACCACAGAUACAGAAUUAUGCGCGUUGGGGGCGUGGAUUAUAUCUGGACCUCGGAACAGGGAUCCACAUGCAUGUACCUUGGUGGUGAUGCAUCGUCCAAAAUAUUUGCGAGAGUCACUCGUGAUCAGUCGUGUUUUAGACUAGCGAUGGCUGCUGAAGCUAUCUCAGCAGGGCUUCUACCGUCUGCUAUAAUAGCGGUGAUUCUCCUCCAAAGCGGAAAGGCUUACUAGCGUUGAGUAUUGUACUAACAUUGGGUCUCUGGAGACACGUUUUUAUCUAUAACUUUCUUGUAACUUAUGGAUUAAAGCAGUUUAUAAUUUGCUGCUCCACGUGGGAGUGUGGCGCAGAACACUCUCCAGUGAACCCAUGGUACUGAGCAGGUCCGAAGAGAUAGAAGUGUUGACAGAUUCAGACGCAUACUAGUAGCGCUGGGAAAUCUAUGACCAGUGACCUAAGGACAUGACCUGGCCAACG